CACUUGACCAAACUCCCCACCCACUGAAGCUCGUCAUCGUCUCUAUAAAUUCCGGCCAACCUGCUUCUCCCAGAUUCACUCCCGACUCAACUCAAGUGACACCAGAAUCUCCCUCCCCUCCACGCGCCCGUUUCCAACUGUUCGCGCUCCUCGAUCUCUCAUGGCGACAGCAACCACAAGUCGGCCCAGCGGCCCGGUGCUGUCCAUACCCAGCUACCGCUCCGCCUCGCCCAUCCGCGUCAAGCUCGCCGGCGGCAGCGGCGCGACCCGCUCGUCCGGCAACUCCGUCAGCGUCUCGUCCCAGUCCUCCACCGGUGGAGCUUCCGCAGCCAGCAGCCGGCGGUCCUGCAUGUGCUCCUCAACGAACCACCCGGGCUCGUUCCGGUGCAGCCUCCACAAGGAGCGUAAGCAGGCGACCCCCGCCGGCAGUAGCAAGCCUGCUUCCCCUCCGUCCAUCCGCAGUACCUGCAGUCUGGGCUCGAAGCGCAUGGACAGCGGGCAGUGUGCCCGCCGAGCCCUCGCCCCGUCCCCCGCGGCGCAGCACUCGCAGCAGCGGAGGCGCGUGGGCGGGUUCCGCCCCAGGCCGAGCCGGCUCUCCGCCACGUCCACGGCCGGCGAGCGUCCCAUCGACAAGUACCAGUAAACAAAUCAACGUCGACAUGCCAUAGCAAGAUGCAAGAUACAGUUAGAUGCUUCUGAGUUUUGACCCAAUUUGAUCCCGACCUGAUCCAUUUAGCUACCUCCUCUCUUGUGUAAUCUGUACAUAGAGUGAGCUCGUCCUGUGCUCUCCGUGGUGUAAAACGAACGCCCUUGGUGUACGAUAUAACUACAUGAGCGGGUUAUAAAUUGAGACACAUGGUUGAUGCA